AUGGAGAUCAAAGUUGAGAUGAUCAAUAGAGAGGUAAUAAAACCUUCCUGUCCAACUCCCCAUCAUCUUAGAUGCUUCGACCUCUCCCUUUUAGAUCAGCUACUACACGAAAAUUAUAUAUCAGUGGUGAUAUUCUACUCAAACAACCCUUGUGAUCUUCCCCAUUUCAAGGCCGUUGAUAUAUCCCAUAGGCUAAAGACAUCAUUGUCUGAAACCCUGCGUCGUUUCUAUCCACUUGCUGGGAGAGUAAAAAAUAAUGUCUCAAUUGAGUGCAACGAUGCUGGCGUUGAUUAUUUGGAAGCACGAGUCAAUUGCCAUCUCUCAGACAUUCUUGAACAACGUCCCGAACAGAAAAUGUUGUACCACUUUCUUCCGAAAGUGACUGAACCUAUGGAUCAACCAAGCUUGGAACCUUUGGUUCUAGUUCAAGCUAGCUUCUUUGAAUGUGGUGGAUUGGCCAUUGGUGUGUGUGUUUCCCACAAGGUAGCCGAUGCAGCCACGACUAGCAUGUUCACUAAUAGUUGGGCUAGCGCGGCUCUUGCCGCGUCUGGUGAAGCAGUGCUGCCUCCGGAAUUCAGUGCCGCAUCUCGCAUACCUCCGAGACAUACAUUGCCGUCACUAGCCAUGAGCUUGGCGAACGAUACGACUGUUUCAAGGAGGUACGUGUUUGAUGCACCAAAGAUUGAUGCUCUCAAGACAAAAGCCGCCAGUGCCAACGUUCUACAGCCCACUCGCGUUGAAGCAAUCUCAUCUCUUAUUUGGAAAUGUGCAAUAACUGUCUCAAGAUCAAAACGCAAGUUUCUAUUGCCAUCUAGACUGACCCAAGCGGUGAACAUCCGCGAAAGGCUUACUCCGCCCUUUCCUAAAACUGCUUUUGGAAAUCUCGUGUGGUUUUCUCGGCGAGAGACAACAGACAAUGAGAUACAGUUGCACCGAUAUCCACUAUAUGAGGCUGACUUUGGUUUGGGGAAGCCAACAUGGGUGACUAUGGGUAAUAAUCUGAUGUUCAAGAAUUCCGUAUUUCUGAUGGAUACGAGAGAUGGCAGCGGAAUAGAAGCUUGGAUUACUCUUAGUGAAGAAGGCAUGGCAUUAUUUGAACAAGAUAAAGAUCUGCUUGGAUUUGCAUCUUCCAACCCAACUGUCCAGGAUUAA